GACAGCAUCGGUUUGACAGCUAGCUAACCUUGCCGGAAAGUGAUACUUUUCUCACCAUCACUAAAAUAAAGCAUGGAUGGAUGGACGGACCAUUGCUAUAUAGUUAUAACCAUGUUAAUCCAUAAUAGCGACUAUGACCUAUUUAAUUUCUGUAGCCGACUGCGAAAUCAAAUGCCAGUAGUGGAACUACAAUACCCACGAACCAUUGCUGUAGCUCAGUUGGAACGUCAUAUUUACAACAAGGAAGUGGCGCUGUAACGUCCCAGUGUGGACUGAUUUAUUUUAUAAGCUGCUUAGAAAGACAGACAGCAGGUUUUUAAGCCCGUCGUGCCGGUAGAUAAGCUUGACACACUGUACUAAAGGUUGUAUACGUGUGUUUCUUAAUUUAGUUCACCUGAAACUAGGGUCUGACGAUGGGUGAAGUUGGGUCGCUAGACAGCAAAAAGUGGCAGGUGUGUGUCUUGUGUGUGUUUGAAUGACUUAACUCUCAUUCAUUCAAGAUUCAAAGUAACCAGUCUGCCACCGGUUUGAAACAAGAAAGUGUUCAAAGAACUUCUGGGGUCUCCMCAGCCCCCAGUCUUCAUCAUGAGGAUGAUAAUGUUCUUCCUGGUUGGACUUCUGGUCCAUGUCAUUUUCUUCAUCUCCAUCUUUGACAUCUACUUCACAUCGCCCCUGGUCCACGGCAUGGCCCCCCAGGUGUCCCCCCUGCCUCCCCCUGCCUCCCGCCUGCUGCUGGUGGUUGCAGAUGGACUCAGGGCAGAUAGCCUCUAUAAGCCUGAUGCCAAUGGAUCCACCAGGGCUCCUUACUUAAGGAGUGUGAUGGAGGAAACAGGGAGUUGGGGUGUGUCACACACUCGUGUUCCCACUGAGUCUCGACCUGGACACGUUGCUUUGAUCGCUGGCUUCUACGAAGAUGUCAGCGCUGUAGCUAAAGGCUGGAAGGAGAAUCCAGUGGAGUUUGACUCCGUGUUCAAUGAGAGCAGACACACCUGGUGUUGGGGCAGCCCUGACAUCCUGCCCAUGUUUGCCAAAGGUGCCAGUGGGGACCAUGUGUACACCUACACCUACCCAGCAGAGAGAGAGGACUUUGCCUCCACCGACGCCUCCAGACUGGACACCUGGGUCUUUGAUGAAGUCAAGUCGUUCCUCCAGUCUGCCAGGGAGAACUCCAGUCUGAUGUCCAGUCUACAGAAGGAUCAGAAUGUUUUCUUCCUCCAUUUACUGGGCAUUGACACCAAUGGACACGCCCACAGACCCAUGUCACAGGAAUAUCUAGAGAACAUACGUCUGGUUGACUCUGGGGUGAAAGAGCUGGUCUCCAUGGUCGAGGACCUUUUUGACAACGAUGGAAGAACAGCCUAUGUGUUCACCUCUGACCACGGCAUGACCAACUGGGGCUCCCAUGGUGCAGGCCACCCCUCUGAGACCCUGACCCCAUUGUUGGUGUGGGGAGCUGGGGUUCACACUGCUCAGAGAGUCACUGAACCCCAGAAGUACUCAGAUGGAUACCUACAAGAAUGGCAGCUGGAGGGCCUCCGCAGGGUUGAUGUCAAUCAGGCAGACAUAGCACCACUGAUGUCAUCUCUUAUUGGAGUGCCUAUCCCUCUCAACUCUGUGGGUGUGUUACCACUGCAGUACCUGAACAACAGUGACCAGUUUAAAGCUGAGAGUAUGUACUCUAACGCCAUCCAGAUACUGGAACAGUUCAAGGUGAAGAUGGCUGAGAAAAAGGAAACAACUUUAUCCUUACUCUUCACUCCAUACCAGUUGCUGACAGAGUCACGCCAGGCAGAGUUUAUCAACAAGGCCAGGGUUCUGAUCCAGCUAGAGGAAUAUGAAGAAGCUAUCUCUCUGUGCAGGUCUCGAUGGACCAUGCGUUGAGGUCUGUCCUACUACCACACCUAUGACCGGUUCUUUCUGGGCUGUAAGUGUUGUGUGGGCUUCACAGGCUGGACCUCCUAUGUGGUUUUGUUAUACUGUAAGACACACGCCAGUCUCAAGGAGACACCACACCCACUGACCAGGUGCUGUGUGUGUGCAACGCUGCUGAUUGGAAUGUUCCUGAUAAUCCAGAGAAGUCCAGUAACCUACUACAUCUACUGUCUACUGCCUGUCCCUGUCUGGUACUCUGUCCUCAAAGAGUUUGGAACUCUAACAGACCUGGUUCGUUCGUACAGUUCGCUACCACUGGGUAAAUGCUUUGGCUACUUUGCCCUGGUCACAUUUGGGAUUGAACUUCUGGUGGUGAGUUUCUUCCAUCGGGCCAUGUUGACUGUAGGCCUGGCUGUUCUCUCUCUCUGGCCCCUCCUCUCUGGCCUCUACAGCAAGGCCAAGUUUAGGUCAGUGAGCUGGGUCCUGUGUUGUUUGUUUCUGGCCACAUUUCCCAUGAUGCCAGUUGUUGGGAGAGAACCCAACAUUCACAUGGUUACCUGUGCAGGUGCACUCUCCCUGUUCAUUUCCAYCUUUUACCUCUGGUCGGCACGGAAACGGACUACACUACACCUGACUGACCGCUACCUCUUAAUCUUCCAGAUGCUCCAUGUAGCAGUGUGUGCCUAUGUGCCCACCAGCACUCACUCCAGUCUGCAGCUGAAACAGGGUCUGCCUCUCCUCAACCAGAUCAUCAGUUGGACUACACUGGGUUCCUCUCUGUUUGUUCCUUUGUUGAGUUCUACUCGUCUGUUCCAUCGUCUGCUCAGUAUCUUCCUCUCCCUCACAGCCACCUACCUACUACUGAGUACUGGGUCUGAGGCUCUGUUCCCCCCAGUCUUGUCCUGGCUGAUGUUUGUGUGGAUCAACAUAGAACAGGAAGCCAUGCUCUCUCAAGGUAUCUCUGGGAGACAGGAGCUGUCCACGCUUGACUUCUCUGAAAACAUUGACAUCACCAAGAUCAGACAACUAAAGCUGGAUGACAUCAGAAGAUCCUACUUCUUUGUUUUCUUCAUAAUUACAGCCUUCUUUGGUACUGGGAACAUAGCAUCCAUUAACAGUUUUGAUCCAGCCUCAGUGUACUGCUUCCUCACCGUCUUCAACCCCUUUAUCAUGGGAGGCCUGAUGAUGUGGAAGGUGAUAAUCCCAUUCAUCAUCGUUAUGUGUACGUUUGAAACCAUCCAGGUCUCUACACAACUUUCCUCCAGAAGUCUGUUCCUCAUCGUCCUGGUGAUAUCUGACCUGAUGGCUCUGCAUUUCUUCUUCCUAGUGCAGGACUAUGGGAGCUGGCUGGACAUUGGCACCAGUAUCAGCCACUAUGUGAUUGUGAUGUCCAUGACCAUCUUCCUGAUGCUGCUCAGUCUGAUGACCCACAUUCUCACCUCCAGGAGAGUCUCUCUGUGGAGGACACGCAAGAUGCACUUCCCCUGAACACUAUCUCUCUCUCACUGUGUGUGUGUGUGUGUGUGUUUAAUCAUGCCUAUUUAUUAACAUUCACGAUUAGAUUUACCUGAAGUGCACAGUUAUGCAAAGCAAGAUGCCGUAGGACUAACUUUUGAUGUGCACUGGAAUUGUUUUAUUGUAGAGGUCUACAUUAAAACUGUGGCUUAUCAAAGUCAAGGUAGCAAAAACAUAACCACAUGUAACAUAUGGAGUUAUUCCCGUAAAAGUUCAAUUAAACGCAGUCUCAAAUAGCAGCCUUUCCCUUUUGAAUAGCCGAGUAACGGCACACAUUUCAGCAAAUUUAACGCCUGUUUCAAAUAAACGCUGUUUACGAGGUUACCAUGAAUUGCCAUUAAUUGUUUACAAGGUUUAAUGUUUGAUUUGUUAAAUUUCACAAAUUCAGUAAGGACUCAAAAAUUAUGGCAAUCAUAUAUUUUUAUCACCAGUAAUAAACUGGUAGCCAUUGGCUGCGAAAAGCUGAGAACUGUUAGCUAACUGGCAACCACAAAAAGUCAACAACUUCGGGAGUUGGCGAAAGUAAGAACUGCUAUAAAUACACAGUCAAAGAGGAGAAUAAUUGUAUGUAUUCUGGCAAGGAUCUAUGGGGGAGGAAAUAUAGCCAUACUAAGACAAAAGAAACGUGACAAUGUAAAUGAUAACACAUUUGUGCAGGAAAUUAAGAGAUUGAUUAAAAUGCUGGAAGUGAUUGCUGGAAUUAAACCAAUAACUAUGCAAAUGUGGAAAAGCUGUGAAAUAGACACCUGGCUCAAAUAGAAGCCUGUCUCUAAUAAUCCCCUUUCUGUUUUCAGUGAUUCAAGCCUAGAAACUCCCAGGCUAUUAAUUAGACUUUUUUAACGGUACAUAAAACUGAUCAGAUCAGAAUUCUGAAGUCUGACAAAUGUUUUGUUUUUUGAGGGGACGACAAUGUCAUAGAGGACCCGGUGUGCAUUCAUGACUACUCGUUUUCAGCCAACUUACAAGCAAAUACUUUACCAUCUCGUGGUAAGAGUGGCUAAGUUACUAAGCGAGAGUCAGGGUAGAGAGGCACUUCAGAGGGAGAAUCAGUGAAUCCAAUAGCGAUAUAAGUAGGGGAAAUCUAAAGUAGAUAGAUUUCAGAGGCAACACUCCAUAGGCGACAGAGGUCACAGGUGUCGAGGGGAACAGUCAACAUGCCGGCGAUCAGAGGAAGGCUCCAGGCAGGUGGAAAUUAUCACAUAACAGCACAGUCCAAACUCAGAUGUCAGUCAGCUAGCGCGCUAGCACUAAGCCAAGGUUACAAAAGGUACAAAACUCCGGUAGGCCAAAAAGUGGACAAAACAAAUGAGGAUGAAAAUCAAACAAAAAGACAGACGAGGUACUAAACAAUUAGAGUAGGCAGGGAUGAUUUGAAGCAAGUCACAUUCUGAAUGUGCAGAAUGCCUCGUGUAAUAUGAUAGCUAGUUUACAUCACACUUCCUCGUGAAUGUUGGAUUCUAGCUCACCACCGCCAACACUCGGUCUCUUAAUGACUGACGGUGGCAAUUGUGCAUUGUGGGUAGUUCCGAAGUUAUCCGAAAAUAAGUUAAUACAUAUUUAAAAACCUCAAAACAGAACUAUUUUGGAAGUUAUAGUUAACCAGAUCGUGACUACAACUAAGUUUUUGACUACACUGUGUUGUCACUUUGUUGAGUAAAAACUCCUGCUUUCUACCCUUUAAGUCUAGGUAUAGGACAAGUUAUACUUGAAUAUUUGAAUGAUCUAUAUAUGAUAUUGACAACAGUAUUUUCAACUACUGUUCACCAAAAACAAAAGCAUUGUUAUGUAUAAUUGAAAUGAAGCCAUUAAGUAAUGGAACAAGAGUAAUAAUAAUAAUAAUAUGCCAUUAGCAGACGGUUUUAUCCAAAGCGACUUAGUCAUGCGAGCAUACAUUUUA